AUGCCCGGACGGAUAUACGGGCCGGGAGCUAGGGCUGCCACUGCUCGAAAUUACGGUGAGGUGACGGAAAUGUUGGGGUUAUUUGAAAAUUAUUUUGCUACUCGUCUGCUUGUGCUCUUAACGAGUUCACGUAACGUGCCAUUACGUGUUUGGUUUUCUGAAGAGGUAAACGGCUCGUGGGGUCUACCAGCCUUCGUGUGUGAUGUUUACAUCGCAAUGGACGUCACUUCCUCUACAUCUAGCAUAUUCAACCUCGUCGCCAUAUCUGUUGAUAGGUACAUUGCAGUAACACAACCAAUAAAAUACGCGAAACAUAAGAACAACAGACGGGUCUGGUUCACCAUAGUCCUGGUCUGGCUGAUCUCCGCAGCUAUUGGUGCUCCCAUAGUCCUCGGCCUCAACGACACGCCUGACAGGAACUUCGACGAGUGCCUCUUCAACAGCCAGAACUACGUCAUCUACUCCUCACUAGGAUCCUUCUAUAUCCCCUGCAUCAUGAUGAUGUUCCUUUAUUAUAAUAUUUUUAAGGCGUUAAGAAACCGAGCAAAAAAGCAGAGAGCAGCCAAAAAGCCACCAGUAGCUGGAGACCCCAACACAGGAGCUACUACAGCGGUGGUGAUAGAAAAUGUGGCUCAAACAAGAAGGCUGGCAGAAACUGCAUUACAUGACGACAGACCUACCAACACUGGGUCUGGAAGUAAUGAAGAUGAUCAUGAAGACAGGUGA